GGGUCUAACGGUCCGGGCGGGGCGUGUCCUCGGUGCAGGUCGCGCUCGGCGGCCCGGCUUCCUCUGGCGUUUCCCCUGCUGGGCUGCAGUCCCGGGGCUGCGCGAGCCGGGCGGGCAGGCGGCGCCAUGGGGCCCUGGCAGGGCGGGCGGGCGCCGGAGUUCUGCAGGCGGCGGGGCAGGGCGUGAGGCGGCGGGGCCGGGCCGCAAUGGGGGACAGGUGGCUGCGGGUGACCGUGCUCCCGGGCUGUGCGGGCUGCAGGACGCUGGCGCUGCGGGCGGCAGGGACGGUGCGCGAGCUCAAGGCGCAGCUGAGUGCGGAGACGGGCUUCCCGGCGGCGGAGCAGCGGUUGUGGCUCGGCGACCGCGAGCUACCUGACUGGAUCAAGAUUGGAGAUCUAACCUAUGAAAAUUGUCAUCUCUUUGUAAAACUUCAAUCAAAAGGCCUAAAAGGAGGAGGUCGAUUUGGUCAAACAACUCCUCCGCUUGUUGAUUUUCUCAAAGAUAUUUUAAGAAGAUAUCCAGAAGGAGGUCAGAUCCUUAAGGAAUUAAUUCAGAAUGCAGAAGAUGCUGGGGCCACAGAAGUUAAAUUUCUAUAUGAUGAAACUCAAUAUGGAACAGAGACUCUUUGGUCAAACGAUAUGGCACAAUAUCAGGGUGCUGCACUCUAUGUAUACAACAAUGCAGUGUUCACUCCAGAGGACUGGCAUGGCAUCCAGGAGAUAGCAAGAAGCAGGAAAAAGGAUGAUCCUCUGAAGGUUGGAAGAUUUGGAAUUGGGUUCAACUCUGUCUAUCAUAUCACAGAUGUUCCCUGCAUCUUCAGUGGUGACCAGAUUGGGAUUUUAGACCCUCACCAGACACUUUUUGGUCUCCAUGAAUCAGGCCAAUGUUGGAACCUCAAAGAGGACAGCAAAGAAAUUAGCGAACUCUCUGACCAGUUUGCCCCAUUCAUAGGCAUUUUCGGCAGCACCAAGGAAACCUUUACAAAUGGCAGCUUUCCUGGCACUUUCUUCCGUUUCCCCCUUCGCCUCCAACCCUCCCAGCUCAGCAGCAACCUUUACAAUAAGCAGAAGGUUCUGGAGCUCUUUGAGUCUUUUCGGGCUGAUGCGGACACAGUGUUGCUCUUUCUGAAAAGUGUGCAAGAUGUCUCCUUACACAUUCGAGAGGCUGAUGGGACGGAGAAGCUGGUGUUCAGAGUGACAGCAAAUGAGAACCAGGCUCUGAGACAUGAGCGGCCGAAUUCUAUAAAGAUCCUGGGCAGCGCUAUCAGCAACUAUUGUAAAAAGACUCCAAGCAACAGUGUGACCUGUGUCACAUACCACAUCAGCAUUGCCUUAGAGGACGAGAGCUCCAGGGAUGCCCAGAAGACGUCCUGGCUAGUGUGUAACAGUGUGGGCGGGCGGGGCAUCUGCAGCAAACUUGACGCCCUGGCAGACGAGUUGAAGUUCAUUCCACUCAUUGGAAUUGCCAUGCCUUUGCCAUGUGGAGGUGAGGAAGAGAAAGGAGCAACAGUUGGAUUCUCAGGAAAAGCCUUUUGCUUCCUCCCCUUGCCACCAGGUGAGGAGAGCAAGACGGGCCUCCCCGUCCAUAUCAGUGGGUUCUUUGGCCUGACGGAUAACCGCAGGAGCAUCAAGUGGAGAGAGGUGGAUCAGUGGCGGGACCCCGCAGCCUUGUGGAAUGACUUGCUGGUCCUGAAUGUUGUCCCAAAAGCUUACGCCACGCUGAUCUUAGACUCCAUCAAACGCCUGGAGACAGAAAGGAGCUGCGAUUUUCCUCUGUCCAUUGACGCCAUCUACAAGCUCUGGCCAGACUCAGGCCAAGUCAAGGCCCACUGGCAGCCGAUGCUGGAGCCCCUGCUUAGUGAGCUGUUUCAGAAUGCUGUCAUCCACUCCCUGAGUGGGCAGUGGGUCCAGCUUGAGCAGGUAUACUUCUCAGAGCUUGAUGGGAGCCAGGGAUACACAGAGACCGUGCUCAACUACCUCCAGAGCUCAGGGAAACAGGUCGCAAAGGUGCCGGUGAAUCUGGCAGCUGCAGUGGAGCUCAUGGCAUCCAGUGCUAAUCCUGUGAGGAAGGUAACCCCUGCCUGGGUGCGGCAGAUGCUGCGCAAGUCUGCACACCUGGGCACUGCAGCUGAGAAGCUUCACCUGCUGGAGUUCGUGCUCUCUGACCAGGCCUACAGUGAGCUGCUUGGGUUGGAGCUGCUACCUUUGCAAAAUGGACAUUUUAUUCCUUUUUCCUCAUCUGUAUCAGAUCAAGAUGUUAUUUAUAUUACCUCAGAAGACUACCCAAGGUCCCUUUUCCCAGGUCUUGAAGGAAGACUUGUUUUAGAUAACUUGAAGCCUCACCUUAUAGCUGCUUUAAAAGAAGCUGCUCAAACCCGAGCACAACAGCUUCUCUGGGGAUACUCAGGGAGACCAUGUACACAGCUGCAGCUUCUAAAUCCAGAACGGUUUGUACGUCUUAUCAAAGAAGUAAUGAAUACAUUCUGGCCUGGCCGAGAGCUGAUUGUUCAGUGGUAUCCAUUUGAUGAAAGCAAGAAUCACCCAUCUCUUUCCUGGCUUAAAAUGGUCUGGAAGAAUCUCUAUAUACAUUUUUCAGAGGAUCUGACCUUGGUUGAUGAGAUGCCACUCAUCCCCAGAACUGCCCUAGAAGAAGGCCAUGCAUGUGUGGAACUUAUUAGACUCAGGAUUCCCUCAUUAGUCAUUUUAGACGAUGAAUCUGAAGCACAGCUCCCAGAAUUUAUAGCAGAGAUUAUACAAAAACUUGGAGGGAUUGUCCUUAAGAAAUUAGAUGCCUCCAUACAACAUCCACUUAUUAAAAAGUAUAUUCAUUCUCCACUACCAAGUGCUGUUUUGCAGAUAAUGGAGAAGAUGCCACUGCAGAAAUUGUGCAGUCAGGUAACUUCACUUCUUCCAACACACAAAGAUGCCCUGAGAAAGUUCUUAGCUAGUUUAACUGAUAUCAGUGAAAAGGAGAAAAGAAUAAUCCAAGAGUUGACAAUAUUCAAGCGGAUCAACCAUUCAUCUGGUCAGGGCAUUUCCUCCUAUACAAAACUGAAAGGCUGUAAAGUUAUGCACCACACUGCCAAGCUUCCACCAGAUCUCCGACUCUCUGUUUCAGUUAUAGAUAGUAGUGAUGAAGCUACUAUUCGCUUGGCCAACAUGUUGAAAAUAGAGAAAUUGAAGACUACUAGUUGCUUAAAGCUUAUUUUAAAAGACAUUGAAAAUGCUUUUUAUUCACAUGAAGAAGUCACACACCUUAUGUUGUGGAUUCUUGAGAACCUGUCCUCUCUUAAAAAUGAGAAUCCAAAUGUCCUUGAUUGGUUAGUACCAUUAAAAUUUAUUCAGAUGUCAUCUGAGCAGAUGGUAUCAGCCAGUGAACUCUUCGAUCCUGAUGUAGAAGUACUCAAGGACCUCUUUUCCUUUGAAGAAGCAACUUGUUUCCCACCUGAAGGCUUUACCUCACCAGAUAUUCUUCACUCUUUACGACAGAUUGGUUUAAAAAAUGAAGGCAGUCUCAAAGAGAAGGACAUUAUACAAGUGGCAAAGAAAGUUGAAGCCUUACAGGCCAGUUCUUAUCCAAAUCAGGAUGUUCUUUUAAAGAAAGCCAAAACACUCUUGCUUGUUUUAAAUAAGAAUCAUACUCUACUGCAGACACCUGAAGGGAAGAUGGCACUGAAGAAGAUGAAGUGGAUCCCAGCUUAUAAGGAGAGGCCUCCAAAUUACCCAGCCUCUUUAGUUUGGAAAGGAGAUCUCUGUCAUCUCUGUGCACCACCAGACAUGUGUGAUGUAGCCCAUGCAGUUCUGGUGGGCUCAUCUCUUCCUCUUGUUGAGACUAUCCACAUCAACUUGGAAAAAGCACUGGGGAUCUUAACCAAGCCAAGUAUCAGUGCAGUCUUAAAACACUUCAAAAUUGUUGUUGACUGGUAUACUUCAAAAAUGUUCAGUGAUGAAGACUACUACCAGUUCCAGCAUAUCUUACUUGAAAUUUAUGGAUUCAUGCAUGAUCAUUUAAAUGAAGGGAAAGAUGCUUUCAGAGCCUUAAAAUUCCCAUGGGUUUGGACUGGCAAAAAAUUUUGUUCCCUUGCCCAGGCAGUGAUAAAACCAUUUCAUGAUCUGGACCUUCAGCCUUAUUUGCAUAGUGUGCCUAAAACUAUGGCAAAGUUCCACCAGCUGUUUAAGGUCUGUGGCUCAAUAGAAGAAUUGACAUCAGAUCACAUUUCCAUGGUUAUUCAGAAGGUAUACCUCAAAAGUGACAAAGAUCUCAGUGAGCAGGAAAGCAAACAGAAUCUUCAUCUUAUGUUGAAUAUUAUUAGAUGGCUGUAUAGCAAUCAGAUUCCAGCAAGCCUCAACACUCCAGUUCCUAUACAUCAUAGCAGAAAUCCUUCUAAACUCAUCAUGAAACCAAUUCAUGAAUGCUGUUACUGUGAUAUCAAAGUUGAUGAUCUUAAUGACAUAUUGGAAGAUUCAGUAGAACCAAUCAUCUUAGUGCACGAAGAUAUACCAAUGAAAACUGCAGAAUGGUUGAAAGUUCCAUGUCUUAGUACAAGAUUGAUCAACCCUGAAAAUAUGGGAUUUGAGCAGUCAGGACAAAGAGAGCCACUUACUGUAAGGAUAAAAAAUAUUCUGGAAGAAUACCCUUCAGUGUCAGAUAUUUUUAAAGAACUGCUUCAAAAUGCUGAUGAUGCCAAUGCAACAGAAUGCAGUUUCAUGAUUGACAUGAGAAGAAAUAUGGACAUCAGAGAGAAUCUUUUAGACCCAGGAAUGGCAGCUUGUCAUGGACCGGCUUUGUGGUCAUUUAACAAUUCUGAGUUCUCUGAUUCAGAUUUUGUGAACAUAACUAGAUUAGGAGAAUCUUUAAAAAGAGGAGAAGUUGACAAAGUUGGGAAAUUUGGCCUUGGGUUUAAUUCUGUGUAUCAUAUCACUGACAUUCCUAUUAUUAUGAGUCGAGAAUUCAUGAUAAUGUUUGAUCCAAAUAUAAACCAUAUCAGCAAACACAUUAAGGACAAGUCUAACCCUGGGAUCAAAAUUAAUUGGAGUAAACAGCAGAAAAGACUUCGGAAAUUUCCUAACCAGUUCAAACCGUUUAUUGAUGUAUUUGGCUGUCAGUUACCUUUGUCUGUAGAAGCACCAUAUAGCUACAAUGGAACUCUUUUCCGACUAUCUUUUAGAACCCAACAGGAAGCAAAAGUGAGUGAAGUUAGCAGUACCUGCUAUAAUACAGCAGAUAUUUAUUCUCUCGUGGAUGAAUUUAGUCUCUGUGGACACCGGCUUAUCAUUUUCACUCAGAGUGUAAAUUCAAUGUAUUUGAAGUACUUGAAAAUAGAGGAAGCCAAUCCCAACUUAGCACAAGAUACGAUAAUAAUAAAAAAAAAUCCCUGCCCUUCCAAAGCAUUAAAUGCACCUGUCCUAAGUGUUUUGAAAGAAGCUGCUAAGCUCAUGAAGACUUGCAGCACCAGUAAUAAGAAGCUUCCUGCAGAUGCACCAAAGUCCUCCUGCAUUCUUCAGAUCACAGUGGAAGAGUUCCAUCAUGUAUUCAGAAGGAUUGCCGAUUUACAGUCGCCACUUUUUAGAGGGCCUGAUGAUGAUCCAGUUGCUCUCUUUGAGAUGGCUAAGUCUGGCCAGUCAAAAAAGCCAUCAGACGAGUUGCCACAGAAGACAGUGGAUUGUACCACGUGGCUUAUUUGUACCUGCAUGGACAUAGGAGAGGCUCUGAAGUUUUCUCUGAGUGAAAGUGGCAGAAGACUAGGGUUGGUUCCUUGUGGAGCAGUAGGAGUUCUCCUGUCUGAAAUCCAAGAUCAGAAGUGGACUGUGAAGGCACACACUGGAGAAGUAUUCUGCUACCUACCUUUAAGAAUAAGAACAGGCCUUCCAGUCCACAUAAAUGGGUGCUUUGCAGUCACCUCAAAUAGAAAAGAAAUCUGGAAGACAGACACAAAAGGGCGGUGGAAUACCACUUUCAUGAGACAUGUCAUCGUGAAAGCAUACUUAGAGGCACUUUGUGUCCUGCGUGACCUGGCCAUCAGCGGAGAGCUAGUUGAUUAUACUUAUUAUGUAGUGUGGCCUGAUCCUGACUCAGUGCAUGAUGACUUUUCUGUGAUUUGUCAAGGUUUUUAUGAAGACAUAGCUCAUGGAAAAGGGAAAGAACUGACCCGGGUCUUCUCUGAUGGUUCGACAUGGGUGUCCAUGAAAAAUGUGAGAUUUCUAGAUGAUUCUAUCCUUAAAAGAAAAGAUGUUGGCCCAGCAGCCUUCAAGAUAUUUUUGAAAUAUCUUAAGAAAACUGGGUCAAAAAACCUGUGUGCUGUUGAACUUCCUUCCUCAGUAAAAUUAGGAUUUGAAGAAGCUGGCUGCAAACAUAUACUGCUUGAAAACACAUUUUCAGAGAGACAGUUUUUUUCAGAAGUGUUUUUUCCAAAUAUUCAGGAAAUUGAAGCCGAACUCAGAGAUCCUUUAAUGAGCUUUGUGCUUAAUGAAAAGCUCGAUGAGUUCUCAGGGAUUCUCCGUGUUACUCCCUGCAUUCCUUGCUCAUUGGAGGGCCAUCCUUUGGUCUUACCAUCAAGACUCAUCCAUCCUGAAGGACGAGUUGCAAAGUUAUUUGACACCACAGAUGGGCGAUUUCCUUAUGGCUCUACCCAGGACUAUCUCAACCCCAUUAUCUUGAUUAAACUGGUUCAGCUAGGCAUGGCAAAAGAUGACAUCUUGUGGGAUGACAUGCUCGAACGUGCAGAGUCUGUAGCUGAAAUUAACAAAAGUGAUCAUGCUUCUGCUUGCCUGCGAAGUAGCAUCCUCCUCAGCCUUAUUGAUGAGAAACUGAAAAUCAGGGAUCCCAGAGCAAAGGAUUUUGCUGCAAAAUAUCAAACAAUCCCCUUUCUUCCAUUUCUAACCAAGCCAGCGGGUUUCUCUUUGAACUGGAAAGGCAACAGCUUUAAGCCUGAAACCAUGUUUGCAGCAACUGAUCUUUAUACAGCUGAGCAUCAAGACAUAGUUUGCCUUUUGCAGCCAAUUCUAAAUGAAAAUUCACAUUCCUUCAGAGGCUGUGGUUCUGUGCCACUGGCUGUGAAGGAGUUUUUGGGCUUACUGAGAAAACCAACAGUUGAUCUGGUGGUAAACCAAUUAAAAGAAGUUGCUAGAUCUGUUGAUGAUGGGAUUACAUUGUACCAGGAGAACAUCACAAAUGCUUGUUACAAAUACCUUCAUGAAGCCAUGCUGCAAAAUGAGGUCACUAAGCUGGCAAUAACUGAAAAGCUGAAACUCUUUUGCUUCAUCCUAGUUGAGAAUGCCUAUGUUGAUUCAGAAAAGGUCUCUUUCCAUUUGAAUUUUGAAGCAGCACCAUACCUUUAUCAGUUGCCUAAUAAAUAUAAGAAUAAUUUUCGUGAACUUUUUGAAAGUGUGGGUGUGAGGCAGUCAUUUUCUGUUGAGGAUUUUGCCCUUGUUUUGGAAGCUAUUGAUCAAGAAAAGGGAUCAAAGCAAAUAACAGAAGAGAAUUUUCAGCUUUGUCGGAGAAUAAUUAGUGAAGGGAUAUGGAGUCUCAUCAGAGAAAAGAAACAAGAAUUUUGUGAGAAAAAUUAUGGUAAAAUAUUGUUGCCAGAUACUAACCUUAAGCUUCUUCCUGCUAAAUCUUUAUGCUAUAAUGAUUGCCCCUGGAUAAAAGUAAAGGAUAGCUCUGUGAAAUAUUGUCAUGCUGACAUACCCAGGGAAGUAGCUGUGAAACUAGGAGCAGUGCCAAAGCGACACAAAGCCUUAGAAAGGUAUGCCUCCAAUAUCUGUUUUACAACACUUGGCACAGAAUUUGGCCAGAAAGAAAAAUUGACCAGUAGAAUCAAGAGCAUCCUUAAUGCCUAUCCUUCAGAAAAAGAAAUGUUGAAAGAACUGCUUCAGAAUGCUGAUGAUGCAAAGGCCACAGAGAUCUGCUUUGUGUUUGAUCCACGACAGCACCCAGUUGAUAGGAUAUUCGAUGAUAAAUGGGCACCACUGCAGGGACCUGCACUCUGUGUGUAUAAUAACCAGCCUUUUACGGAAGAUGAUGUCAGAGGAAUUCAGAACCUAGGCAAGGGUACCAAGGAAGGAAAUCCUUGUAAAACAGGACAGUAUGGAAUAGGAUUCAAUUCUGUGUACCAUAUUACAGACUGCCCUUCUUUUAUUUCUGGCAAUGACAUCCUGUGCAUUUUUGACCCUCAUGCCAGGUAUGCACCAGGAGCCACAUCUGUUAGCCCUGGGCGUAUGUUUCGAGAUCUGGAUGUAGAUUUUAGGACACAGUUCUCAGACGUUCUGGAUCUUUACUUGGGAAGCCACUUUAAGCUGGAUAAUUGCACCAUGUUUAGGUUUCCCCUUCGCAAUGCAGAAAUGGCGAAAGUCUCAGAAAUUUCAUCAGUUCCAUCAUCAGACAGAAUGGUCCAGAACCUUCUGGACAAACUGCGCUCAGAUGGUGCAGAGCUUUUAAUGUUUCUAAAUCAUAUGGAAAAAAUCUCUAUUUGUGAAAUAGACAAAGCUACGGGGGCUCUCAAUGUGCUGUAUUCUGUGAAGGGCAAAAUCACGGAUGGAGACCGACUGAAAAGGAAGCAGUUCCAUGCAUCUGUAAUUGAUAGCGUCACCAAAAAGAGGCAGCUUAAAGACAUACCAGUUCAACAGAUAACCUACACUAUGGACACCGAGGACACUGAAGGCAACCUUACUACAUGGCUGAUAUGUAAUAGAUCAGGUUUUUCCAGCAUGGAAAAAGUCUCUAAGAGUGUGAUAUCAGCUCACAAGAACCAAGACAUUACUCUCUUCCCACGAGGUGGAGUGGCUGCCUGCAUUACCCACAAUUAUAAAAAGCCCCACAGGGUCUUCUGCUUUUUGCCCCUCUCCUUAGAAACAGGCUUACCCUUUCAUGUGAAUGGCCACUUUGCUCUAGACUCAGCCAGAAGAAACUUGUGGCGGGAUGACAAUGGGGUGGGUGUUCGGAGUGACUGGAACAACAGCUUGAUGACAGCACUCAUAGCCCCUGCAUAUGUUGAGUUACUGAUUCAGCUGAAAAAGCGCUAUUUCCCUGGUUCUGAUCCAACACUGUCUGUUUUGCAGAACACCCCUAUUCAUGUUGUGAAGGACACUUUAAAGAAAUUCCUGUCCUUCUUCCCAGUGAACAGGCUUGACUUGCAACCAGACCUUUACUGUCUAGUGAAGGCCCUCUACAGCUGUAUCCAUGAGGACAUGAAGCGUCUGUUGCCUGUUGUACGGGCUCCAAAUAUUGAUGGCUCUGAUUUGCACUCAGCAGUUAUCAUUACCUGGAUCAAUAUGUCUACUUCCAAUAAAACAAGACCGUUUUUUGACAACUUACUGCAGGAUGAACUGCAACACCUGAAAAAUGCUGACUAUAACAUUACCACACGCAAAACAGUGGCUGAGAAUGUCUACAGACUGAAGCACCUCCUCCUGGAAAUUGGGUUCAACUUGGUGUACAACUGUGAUGAAACUGCAAACCUGUACCACUGUCUUAUUGAUGCAGACAUACCUGUGAGUUACGUGACUCCUGCUGAUGUUAGAGCAUUCCUAAUGACUUUCUCCUCUCCUGAUACAAAUUGCCACAUUGGAAAGCUGCCAUGUCGUCUCCAGCAGACGAAUCUGAAACUUUUCCAUAGUUUGAAGCUAUUAGUUGACUAUUGUUUUAAGGAUGCAGAAGAAAGUGAAAUUGAAGUGGAGGGGCUUCCCCUUCUCAUUACCCUGGACAGUGUUCUGCAGACUUUUGAUGCGAAGCGUGCUAAGUUCUUGACCACAUACCAUGAAUUGAUUCCCUCUCGCAAGGACUUGUUCAUGAACACUUUAUACCUGAAGUAUAGUAGCAUUUUGCUGAACUGCAAAGUUGCAAAAGUGUUUGAAAUGUCCAGCUUUGCAGAUUUGCUUCCCUCUGUCUUGCCUCGUGAAUAUAAGACCAAAAAUUUUACCAAGUGGAAAGAGAAUUUUGCUAGUGAGUCCUGGCUUAAGAACACAUGGCACUUCAUCAGUGAAUCUGUAAGUGUGAAAGAAGACCAAGAGGAAAUGAAACCAACAUUUGAGGUUAUUGUUGACACUCUGAAAGACUGGGCACUACUUCCAGGAAUCAAGUUUACUGUAUCCUCCAACCAUCUUGUGGUUCCUGAAGGGGAUGUUCUGCUUCCACUGAGCCUUAUGCACAUUGCCGUCUUCCCCAAUGCUCAAAGUGACAAAGUCUUCCACACUCUCAUGAAAGCUGGUUGCAUUCAGCUCGCCUUGAACAAAAUAUGUUCCAAAGACAGUGCAUUUGUCCCACUGCUGUCAUGCCACACAGCCAACAUAGAAAGCCCCACUAGCAUUUUGAAGGCUGUUCAUCACAUGGUCCAAACGUCAACGUUUAGAACUGAGAAAUUAGUCGAAAGUGACUUUGAAGCCCUUUUGAUGUAUUUCAACUGCAAUCUGAACCACUUGAUGUCCCAAGAUGACAUUAAGAUUUUAAAGUCACUUCCAUGCUAUAAGUCCAUCAGUGGCCGCUAUAUGAGCAUUGCCAAAUUUGGGACAAGCUAUGUACUUACAAAAAGCAUUCCUUCAGCUGAAGUAGAAAAAUGGACACAGUCAUCACCAUCUGCAUUUCUUGAAGAAAAAAUACACUUGAAAGAGCUCUAUGAGGUGCUCGGGUGUGUACCUGUAGAUGACCUUGAAGUCUAUCUGAAGCAUCUUUUACCAAAGAUUGAAAACCUAUCUUAUGAUGCAAAACUAGAGCAUCUGAUCUAUAUUAAGACUAGAUUAUCGAGCAUUGAGGAAUCAUCAGAGAUUAAGGAACAACUUUUUGAAAAGCUGGAAACCUUAUUAGUAAUCCACGAUGCCAAUAGUCGAUUAAAGCCAGCAAAGCAUUUCUAUGAUCGAACUAUAAGAGUUUUUGAGGUGAUGCUUCCUGAAAAGUGUUUUAUCCCUAAGGAUUUCUUUAAAAAAUUGGAACAGCUUAUCAAACCCAAGAAUCAGGUUGCCUUUAUGACAUCCUGGGUAGAGUUCUUAAGAAACAUUGGUCUAAAAUACAUCCUUUCCCAGCAACAGUUGUUACAGUUUGCUAAGGAGAUCAGUGUGAGAGCAAAUACAGAAAACUGGUCUAAAGAAACAUUGCAAAAUACAGUUGAUAUCCUUCUCCAGCAUAUAUUUCAGGAAAGAAUGGAUUUGCUAUCUGGAAAUUUUCUCAAAGAACUGUCUUUAAUACCAUUCUUGUGUCCUGAGCGGGCCCCUGCUGAAUUCAUUAGAUUCCAUCCUCAAUAUCAAGAGGUAAAUGGAACACUACCUCUUAUAAAGUUUAAUGGAGCACAGGUGAAUCCGAAAUUCAAGCAGUGUGAUGUGCUCCAGUUGUUAUGGACAUCCUGUCCUAUCCUUCCAGAAAAAGCCACACCCCUGAGUAUCAGAGAACAAGAAGGUAGUGACCUUGGUCCACAAGAACAGCUUGAGCAAGUUUUAAGUAUGCUUAAUGUUAAUCUGGACCCUCCACUUGAUAAGGUCAUUAAUAACUGUAGAAACAUUUGCAACAUAACAACUUUGGAUGAAGAAAUGGUCAAGACUAGAGCUAAGGUUUUAAGGAGCAUAUAUGAGUUUCUCAGUGCUGAGAAAAGAGAGUUUCGUUUUCAACUUCGGGGUGUUGCUUUUGUGAUGGUAGAAGAUGGCUGGAAACUUCUGAAGCCUGAGGAGGUUGUGAUAAACCUAGAAUAUGAAUCUGAUUUCAAGCCUUACUUAUACAAGCUACCUUUAGAACUGGGCACAUUCCACCAACUGUUCAAACUUCUAGGUACGGAAGAUAUAAUUUCCACUAAGCAAUACGUGGAAGUGUUGAGCCGCAUCUUCAAAAACUCCGAAGGGAAACAGUUGGAUCCCAAUGAAAUGCGUACAGUUAAGAGAGUCGUUUCUGGCUUGUUCAAGAGUCUUCAGAAUGAUUCAGUCAAAGUGAGGAGUGACCUUGAGAAUGUUCGAGACCUUGCACUUCACCUCCCCAGCCAGGAUGGAAGGUUGGUCAAGUCAAGCAUCCUGGUGUUUGACGAUGCACCCCACUACAAAAGUAGAAUCCAGGGGAACAUUGGUGUGCAGAUGUUGGUGGAUCUCAGCCAGUGCUACUUGGGAAAAGACCAUGGGUUUCAUACAAAGUUAAUAAUGCUUUUCCCCCAAAAACUCAGGCCUCGCUUACUGAGCAGUAUACUUGAGGAACAAUUGGAUGAAGAAACACCCAAGGUCUGUCAGUUUGGAGCACUGUGCUCUCUCCAGGGAAGGCUCCAGUUACUCUUAUCUUCUGAACAGUUCAUCACAGGACUCAUUAGAAUCAUGAAGCAUGAGAAUGACAAUGCAUUCCUGGCCAAUGAGGAGAAAGCCAUAAGGCUUUGCAAGGCCCUCCGAGAAGGACUCAAAGUCUCCUGCUUUGAAAAGCUCCAGACAACAUUGAGAGUCAAAGGCUUCAACCCCAUCCCUCACAGCAGGAGCGAGACCUUUGCAUUCUUGAAGCGAUUUGGGAAUGCGGUUAUCCUCCUCUAUAUCCAGCAUUCGGACAGUAAAGACAUCAACUUCCUUCUAGCAUUAGCCAUGACACUGAAGUCAGCCACUGACAAUCUGAUUUCGGACACUUCAUAUUUAAUUGCUAUGCUUGGUUGCAAUGACAUUUAUAGGCUCAGUGAGAAACUUGACAGUUUGGGGGUGAAAUAUGACUCUUCUGAACCCUCCAAACUGGAACUUCCAAUGCCUGGCACACCAAUACCUGCUGAAAUCCAUUACACUCUGCUGAUGGACCCCAUGAAUGUAUUCUACCCGGGAGAAUAUGUUGGAUACCUUGUUGAUGCUGAGGGUGGUGAUAUCUACGGCUCAUACCAGCCAACGUACACAUAUGCGAUCAUUGUGCAAGAAGUUGAAAGAGAGGAUGCUGACAAUUCAAGCUUUCUAGGAAAGAUCUAUCAGAUUGAUAUUGGUUACAGUGAGUAUAAAAUCGUCAGCUCUCUUGAUUUGUAUAAGUUUUCGAGGCCCGAGGAGAGCUCCCAAAGCAGAGACAGUGCCCCUUCUACUCCCACCAGCCCCACAGAGCUACUGACACCUGGGCUGCGGAGCAUCCCCCCUCUGUUCUCUGGGAAGGAGAGCCACAGGCCCUCCUCUUCCAAACACCAGUCUCCCAAAAAGUUGAAGGCAAAUUCUCUACCAGAAAUCCUAAAAGAGGUGACAUCCGUGGUGGAGCAGGCCUGGAAGCUGCCAGAAUCAGAGAGGAAAAAGAUCAUUAGGCGGCUGUAUUUGAAAUGGCACCCGGACAAAAACCCCGAGAAUCAUGACAUGGCCAAUGAAGUCUUUAAGCACCUGCAAAAUGAGAUCAAUAGGUUAGAGAAGCAGGCCUUUCUUGACCAGAGUGCAGACCGGACCUCUAGGCGCACGUUCACCACAUCAGCAGCAUCCCGCUUCCAGUCGGACAAGUAUUCCUUCCAGAGGUUCUAUACCUCUUGGAACCAGGAAGCAACAAGCCACAAAUCUGAACGGCAGCAGCAAAACAAAGACAGGUGUACAUUUACGGCUGGCCAGGCUUACUCCCAGCGCUUCUUCGUCCCUCCCACCUUCAAGUCGGUCGGGAAUCCUGUCGAAGCCAGGAGGUGGCUUAGGCAAGCCAGGGCCAACUUCUCUGCUGCCAGGAAUGAUCUUCACAAAAACGCCAAUGAGUGGGUGUGUUUCAAAUGUUACCUGUCCACCAAGCUUGCUCUGAUUGCAGCUGACUACGCCGUGAGGGGCAAGUCCGACAAAGAUGUGAAGCCAGCUGCCCUGGCACAGAAAAUUGAGGAGUACAGCCAGCAACUGGAAGGGCUCACCAAUGAUGUGCACACAUUGGAGGCCUAUGGCGUGGACAGUCUGAAGACGAGAUACCCGGACCUGCUCCCGUUCCCCCAGAUCCCCAAUGACAGGUUCACUUCUGAGGUGGCCAUGCGGGUGAUGGAGUGCACUGCGUGCAUCAUCAUCAAACUGGAGAAUUUCAUACAGCAGAAGGUGUGACAGCAUAGAAUGCUGAGGUGAAUCCUGGUGUGUGUGACAUGGGUGAACUGGUUGCUAUUUUGAUUGCCAUUUCCCUAGGAACCCAGAAACACAGCACAGAUUGGAAUACCUACGGAAGAUCUCAGCUGAAGUUGACAUUCUGAAGCGGGUAGUUAACUACAAAGUUGUCUGAUGAGUUGGAAUCACACAGCAUUGAACUGCACUUUACCAGCCAAAGCUUGGCAGAGUGUGAGGGAGAGGGUCUGUGUGCCUCUGGCUAGGGCAGAGUUAAUUUUGUGUUUCCAACAAGGUAGUUUGGAAGGAGCUCAUGAAACACUGGAUAUAUCACUGACCUCUCCCUCACUCCCCACCCACAUACACACACAAGGAGCUAAUCUAUUAAGUGGCUCCUCUUUGGGAUGUAUUCUUUUCUUAUCAGCUGGAUCUGAUAAUAAUGUGUAGUAGUUUUACAUCUUCAAUAGUAAAUCCUACAAAAAUGGUACAGCAUUUUAGUCCUGAACAUAACUUGAUCAAGGGUGUGCAUCUAGUACUUCCUAGGGUGCACUGAGUAGCCUUUUCCAUUUUUAUUUGAAUUUUUUUUUUUACACUUUAUGUUUACAAGCUUCCCAUUUCCUGAAGAUAGGUUAUAGAGAUUCGGAAGAGUGGCAGGUGAGUCUUGACAAUAGAUGUUAACAUUGCUUCUGAGAACUGCCAACCAAAACAACAGAGGGCCAAUUCUGUACGUUGGUUUUCUGUAUGUAUGUGAUUCUCACAGAUGUCCUAAUUUAUACAGUGAGGUUGAACAGGAUGUAGUUUUUUGUUGUUGUCUAAAGGUGCUGCAUAUAACAAAAUUUUGUCCUUCAAAAUGAAGUGGAGUUUUUUUGGGAUUUACUUUGAAAUAAUUUGAAAAUGAUAAAAUCAUUAGGACCCUAUUAGAUAGCUUUGAAACAGUGAUUAGUUUGUAUUGUUGCCAUGAGUGAUUCAGAACUGACAUUGGAUUUUCAUCAUAUCUGAGUGUCCUGCUAUCCUUUCUCAACAUAAUUGCUUUGCAGAGUAUAGAAGAAAGGUAAUAAUCAAUAAUUUAUAUCCGUGUGCUGGCUGUACAUGAUGCUAAAUAUAAUAUACAGUUAAGGGCUUAUGGAACAUGUAAAAACUUUUUAAUUUUUAUUGGUAAUAAGGAAUGUUUUGCCUCCACAAUUGCUUCUGGGUUUGGAGCCAUCUGAUUAUUUCUUCUGUUAUUUUAAGUGCCAUAAUUUUAAUAAAGGAAAUGUACAUAUGAA